AUGUUUUCCGAAUCCCAAAAUCCUGCAAUAACAGUUGCAGAUUUGUUAUGUAGUGCAGCAUGCAGGCAGGUAGUAGAGGAAGGGUGGUGGAUGAGAAAAUGCAUGGCUGGGCAAGGAUUGAUGGUAUCGGUGACGGUACGGAAUCAUAGAUUGACGGCAUUGGUGUUACAAGUACAAUACUUGGUUGCCUUACUUAUCAGAGUCGAUGUUUCAUUUAAGACAUGGGGAUACAAACGACUUGAGGUUACUUCGUGUCUUUUAAUGGCAUGGCAUGGCGUCCGAAGGGACUGGAGUUCUAGACUCAAACAAGGUUAUUUUGAUAACCACUAUCAACCUUCUAUUACUUUAACUGUUCGCGCGAACUUCUCCCUUCCCCAUGGAGCUGUCUUAGAGACCUACCGACACUUAGCUUGGCAAUUUCUGCACUGCCAUUUCACUUCCCAUCUCACACGAUGUCUCUCAUUGUGUACCCCCUUUUCCGAACGUCUUAAAUCCUCUAUUAUUGCCCUAUGGAGAAUGACAGUUGGCCAACCAAGAUCCUGCUAUGUGUCCAUGCUAGUGAUACCUUUUCAUCUAGCAAGCGCUAGCCGUGGUGGACCUGUCUUCGUUCCCAUUGCGGUUAUGACACCGCCUCAACACGAUAUCCUUAGCGGGGUAUAUCCAUAUGGAGACCUUGAUAGAUCAAGUAUCAAUUGCAGAGUAUCAAGACCCACAAUGGACUUUGUGGAGAACGUACUAUCUCCAUUCCAGCAGUUUGCAAUGAUGGAGCCAUCGAAAGCAUCGGCUACAUAG